GCCAACGGAAGCCAGCAUACAUCCAAACCUCCAUCCCUCUAUCCUCCGAGAUUCAUCAGAGCCUGGUCCAACUGGGUAACCGCAACAUUUCAUCGCAUAAGAAGACGCCAUCAUCAGCCAGAGUCUCCUCGUGGCCGUCAUCGAUCUCUGUCUGAGGAACGUCAUAUCACACUUGAGGAAGCGCCCGUCGUCAGUGAGCAAGUCGACAUUGACGUCGAAACCUUUGUCCCGCAACUACCAGCUAAGGACACCCGUCGUGAUCGCUCGGCUUCUGGAGCACAUCUCGAGCUUCGACGUGCAGAGCUCAACAACGCCGAGUAGGAACGGACCGGUCGUCGGCUCGCACAAGACUACCAAAACCAGCUGGAAACCAUCGAAGAAGAGGUUCAGGGAAUUCUUGCCAGGAUUCAGACAACCGUGAGAAAUGGCCGUCAGCAUGUACCUCGCAGCCCUAGCCGCGAUCGUCGCCUCAAUGGUGGGCGCCGUGUAUCUCUUCGGUAUACCCGUGCAGUGGAAGCGCGCCAUGGAAGAGAAGGCUCUCGAUACCAUGGGAGAGAACAAGGCCUCCUAUCUGGUCAAGGGCCAGAUCAACAACCUUCCCGCAUCCGAUCAGAAGGACGUCAGCGAGAUCAAGACAGGAGUCGGCAAUCUCGCCGGAGGAGCUCUGCAGAACCCUCUGGGCAAGGAAGCGGGAGAGGCAGGAGACAAGCUGACUAGCCCCUUGACCGGUCGCUGAGCGAGGCGGAUGUUGCUGCUAUCUGCGCAAAAGCAAGUGGGUUGUUUCGCAAUGAUUGCUUUGAGAGUCCCAACUUGAUCAGAUACGUGUUUACCUAUGAGACCUAAUUAACAAUGUACCAUUGAUCUCACA